UUGGAAAGAGGGACACGUAUAAGCCGCUGGUUUCAGAAGUCCUGUGUGGUGGUAAUAUGCCUAACUUUCAAGUGAAUGAAAACCAAUUGAUGUACAAAGAAAGUCUACUGCAGUUUGUGAAGGAUUUGGGACCAAUCGUUCAAAGGGUUGCGGCCAAAAAACUUGAACCACUUCAGCAUCAACAACUUUGCUUUAGUAGCACUUCAUCCCAGAACCUCCUGGCAAAUGCUUCUGGUUCUCAAAUUAGGCAUCAACCAACUCCACAGAUACCAACACAACAAGACACUCUCAAUGCUCAGACAUUUCCUCUUGCCCUUCCCUUUCUCAAUAGGUCACUUACUAUUCCUGGUUCUGCAACUCCAAAAAACAACAUUCUUAAUAACACCAGGAACUUCAGGGGCAUCUCAAAGGGCAAACUGGAUUCUCCGGUUGACCAUGCUUCUUCUUCUGUUGGACCUAUUCAAGAGGAAACUAACCGAAUCCACUUUGGAGUUAACAAAACAAGCAACAACACUAGAGAGUGGAAUACCUCAACUGGUGUUCCAUACAUGUUAGCCAAUGGAAGCAGCACCAGCACCAACAAUGUGUUUUCUCCUCACCAUCCAACAAGCAUAAUCUCAGGGUUAUCAGGCAACAGAAAUAGCAUUUCGGGGCAACCACUCAUGCCAAGCAUUUUGUUAGAAGACACCAUGUCUUGCAUGAGAAGCAACAUCAUUGAGUCAUCUCUUGUGAAUCAACCAAGGCCGAGAGUCUCGAUGUAUGACAUGCCUAGACACAAUCUUGCAGAGUUGUCUCUGGUGAAUCAGCCAUGGAAAACAAACGCCAUGUUUAGCAUGAUUCCCUCAAGGGUAACCCCUUGGUCUCAACCAAUGCAAGGAGGCUCAAUUCCAGGCACCUCAUUUCAAGCCUUGUUGAAUUCACCAGACUUCAACAACAGCAGUUACACAAUGCAGGCAAAUCUCGGUCAGGUCAUGCACCAAACACCUAACAUGCAAAUGCAGUUAAGGCAGGAAUCUGUUCCUCCACAGGUACCAAAUUCAUCAUCAGCAUCAACAUCAUCUGUACAAGAGGCUUCUUCAGAACUUCUUGGGGAUACUAAUUAUAAACAAGUUAACUUAGAUCUUCAUCUCUAAGUGUGGAAACUAAUGGAUUCGAUUCAUAAUAUUAGUUUUGUCACAGUACAACAUGCGACAUAUCUUUGGUGCUUUUGUACUACUGGUUUGUUCAAGUAACAGCAUUGUAAAUUUUGCAGAUUUGAUUUUUUUAUUCUACCAUUCCCAAAUUGACUUGU